UAACCUUAUAAAGUUGGUGUCCAGGUGAAGACUUUCAUCGACAGGAUCACUCAGCAGCAAACAUGAGGUGUCUGGUCUUCAUUCUGCUCAUCGGAGCAGCCUUUGCCGAGGACGACAAGAUCGUCGGAGGGUAUGAGUGCACACCUCACUCUCAGCCCCACCAGGUGUCUUUGAACUCUGGGUACCACUUCUGUGGUGGCUCUCUGGUCAAUGAGUACUGGGUUGUUUCUGCUGCCCACUGCUACAAGUCUCGUAUUGAGGUGCGUCUGGGAGAGCACAACAUCCAGGUGAAUGAGGACACCGAGCAGUUCAUCAGCUCCGCUCUCGUUAUUCGCAACCCUGGGUAUAACGCCUACACUAUCGAGAAUGACAUCAUGUUGAUCAAGCUGAGCCAGCCCGCCACCCUCAACCAGUACGUGAAGCCUGUUGCUCUGCCCAUCAGCUGUGCCCCCGCUGGCACCAUGUGCAUUGUCUCUGGAUGGGGCAACACCAUGAGCUCUACCGCUGACAGGAACAAGCUGCAGUGUCUGCAGAUCCCCAUCCUGUCCACGGAAGACUGUGAGAACUCCUACCCCGGCAUGAUCUAUAACUCCAUGUUCUGUGCUGGCUACCUGGAGGGAGGCAAGGACUCUUGCCAGGGUGACUCUGGUGGCCCCGUGGUGUGCAACGGUGAGCUGCAGGGAGUGGUGUCCUGGGGCUAUGGCUGCGCCGAGAGGGACCACCCUGGAGUCUACGCCAAGGUCUGCAUCUUCAACGACUGGCUGCAGAGGACCAUGGCCAACAAUUAAACUGCUCAAACAUCCACUUUAUCACAACCACUGACCACAUCACAGUGAAUAAAAACAUUAAAAACUA